AUAAAGUCCCAAGCCUCUACCUUUUUCCUGCUCGUCUCUCUCACUCCGCGCAAAAAUUCGCCCAAAAUCGAACCUUAGAUUCAUUUGUUUGCUCCUCAGAUUCUGCUAGGGAUUGUCGUCGGAUUCAAUAUUUGGCGAUCAAUCACUGAUUUUGGUGUGAAAUUCUGCUCCCUUGAAUUUAUCGUAGCCAACAACCGUAGCGCCUCGAAAUUCCGCGCUUAGUGGGACUGCACAGAUGAUGGAGAACAAUAACUGGAGACCGGCCCCACCUGGCGGGGGCGGCCCCGGAGACGGCGGCGGUUCCGGCGGCGAGGCUGCCCCGGAGGGCGAUGACUGGAGGAAGCAUGUGCCUCAGGAGUCGAGGCAGCGGAUGGUCAACAAGAUAAUGGAGACUUUGAAAAGGCAUCUUCAAUUUUCUGGUCAAGAGGGAUUGCACGAACUAAGGAAAAUAGCAGUUCAGUUUGAGGAAAAGAUUUUCCAUGCUGCUGUGAACCAGCCCGAUUAUUUGCGGAAAAUAUCUUUAAAUACAUUGACCAUGGAGACAAAAUCUCAAAAUUCUGUUGCCAAUUCUGUGUCCUCCGGUUCUGCUGGCAAUAGCAGUGAGCCUCCUGAUUCAGUGCCUCUUGAUUCCACUGCUGAGGCAGGCCAAGCGAAUGGAGGUGACUGGCAAGAGGAGAUUUAUCAGAAGAUAAAAUCUUUGAAGGAUUUGUAUUUGCAAGACUUAAAUGAGAUGUACCAGAAAAUUGCUAUGAAGCUGCAGCAGCAUGAUUCUCUUCCUCAGCAACCGAAGUCGGAGCAGCUUGAAAAGCUGAAAAUCUUCAAAGUAAUGUUGGAGCGCCUUAUUGCUAUGCUGCAAGUUCCCAAAAGUGAAAUAUAUCCAAGCCUCAAGGAUAAGCUGCCUUCUUAUGAGAAGCAGAUAGUGCAAUUCUUAAAUUCCAACAGGCCCAGAAUGCAGCAAGGGCAACUUCCACUGCAUCAUAUGCCCUCAGUGCAGCCUCAACAGUCCCAGCCUCACGUUGGCCAGGUCCAGUCAAGGGGUACAAGGGAUUCUGUUGGAGAGAAGUAACUAUGAAUUUGUGACUCAGCUUUUCUUUUCUGAUUUGUUCCUUCCUUCCAGAGGUGUGGCUUUGUUGCUCGAUAAGCACUAUUUGGCAUCGCAAUAAUGUCCAUGUAUCUCUUUAUAUGCAUGAAGGUCAAUGAAUUAGUAUAAUAUCGAUUACAUAGUAUGUAUCUUGUUCAGUGGGAGAUGGUUAGUACGACCUCUAGUCAAAGGAUAAAAGAUAUGGGUUCUUCUCUUCUGAUCUAAUAGAGUUUGGAGAAAUAAAAUUCUUCGAAAGAAGUGCAUUUUUUGAGUAGUUAAUGUCACUGCAGCUUGUAGAUGGUGUGCCAUAUUGGGCAAGAAGUUGCUCGUGCUUUUGUCAUAUUUUCAUGGACAUUGAUUUAUGAAGUGAUGGUAGACUCAUAUAGAAGAAACGAACUCUGAAAAAGUCAUAAAUUACCACA